AUGCUGGAAAAGAAUUAUGUUAAUUUGCACUUUGCCACGCUUGAUGAUCUUAAUGAUAUUGAUGAAGGAAUUGAGAAUCUAAUCUCCACUCAAUCGUUGAUUAAAGACGCAACACAGGAGAUCAUAAACCCAGAUACAUAUGCUAGACGAAAACUGGCAAAUGAAACCGAUUCUGGAGCUAAAAUUGAAGUAGAUAAUAACAAGGUAGCUGCUGCUGCUAGCAAAAUUUUAGAUACUUUAUUACCUUUCUACAACUCGAAUAAUAAUGAUAACCAAAAUUUACAAGCAAUUGAUAAUCUCAUUGAAGAAUUUGGUCCUGUGCCCAUAUUGGUUGAAUUAAAGGGUCAAUUGGAGACCAAAAUUGAAACAAAAGAAACAAUGGAAUUCUUGGUCAAAUGCAAAAAUGUAGAAGAUCUAUUAAGAACACCAGGUCUUUCUAUAGAUGAUUUAAUCAGGUUAGCAACAGAUGUUGAGCAGUUGCAACAAUCUGAACUUACCAAACAGCUAGACGACAUAAUUGUUGAACAAAAACGGCAAUUUGCUACUCAAUUGCGAUCUUACCAACAACAGAGUAAAUGGCUCAGUGAUGAGAAUAUCUCAAGUAAAAACUUGACAUCGUUGAGUCAAAGCUUUGACCAGUUGAUACAGUUACAGUCUGUGAAAGAUGCUCCAAUUUACCCUGCAAGCUGGUGGGCGUUGGAUAUAUUGCUUGAACCAUUUAUUACAAGAUUCAACUAUCACUUUGACACUCCAAAUAAGGACACUAACAAGUUGUCCAAACCGGAGUGGGCAUUUGCAUAUAUUGAGAACUUUCUUGACGACAACCUACCAUUGCUUCGACUCAUUGUUGAUGAUGUAUUUAAGUCACUAGGACGUAUCGGCACAUAUGAGGUGAUAACCGCAUUGCUACAACCAAUGAGAAAAAAGCUUGUGAAAAUGGUAGGCGUCAUUGACAAAAGCAUAAGCACCAACAGUAGUAACAACAACGGCAACAGCAGCAGCAGCAACAGCAACAACAACGGUAGCAAUAAUAAUAAUAAUAACACGGCAAUUACCAAAGCAUCAGAAAAAUUUGGAAGGCUCCUUUCUCAUCUAAUCUUUGAAAGCUCGUCGUUUGAUCAAAGAUUGCGAAACAAGUACAAGUACAAUCCUUUUAUUAACAAUUACCGUAAUCCGAUAUUAGUUAGGUGGGCCGGUCUCACUGGAGAUAUACUCUUGGAUGAUAAACACCAUACAGUAGAGCGCUGGCUCGACUUUGAGCGUGACUUGGCGUCAAAGAGAUUCAAGAGAGAGAUUCUAGAUGCAAAUGAUGCAUUUAAAAUCGAUUUUGAUUAUCAGAAUAAUCACAUGGAUCAGCUUACAAAAGAUGUGUUGAAACCAACAUACUCUGCGUAUGGUGUGCUCAAAUUGAUUAGGAACCUUAACUCGCAUUUUCAAACAUUGACCAUAGUCAAGUUUCAACUCCAAUACGUAUCCAAGAUUCAAUUGAAGCUUUUGGACUCUUAUCUUGAGUCACUUAAACUGCAGUAUAAAGAUUAUAUUGACAAGUAUAAACUCAAGAGUGUACUUAAAGUCAUACCUGGUGCUAUGGAUGAAGAGAUUGACAAAAAGGAGGGCAAAACCCAAGAUCAGCAUUUACAGUCUGGAGUUACAAAACUCACAGAGCUUUUUUGUUCUACAAAAUUCAUAAUCAAUGCUAUGGAAAAUUGGAAUCAUGAAAUACAUUUCACCAAGCUCUGGAAGAUGUUUUUGAGCUUACAGUCAAAUUCUAACAAUGCGAUUUCGACCAAAAUAACAACAAAAAAUGAAGGAAUAUUUGGUAAUUUGAUUGAACAAUAUGAUGCUUUGUUGACGAAAAUCACGCAGAGUUAUAUUGAGUUUUUCAGGUUUGAAAUUAAAAGAUUGUUAAAAAAAUAUGUCAACUCUAGUCAAUGGGAAAUAACGCUACUAAAUAGCGAUGAAAAUGGGGAAUUUUCAAGAGCACCUUCAGUCGAUUUAAAGCCAUUAAUCAAUGCUUUACCAAUAUAUCUUGAAAUAAUCUCACGGUCUGUUUCACAAGUAGAUUACUUUGCAGUGUCUGAUAGUGCAGUUACAGUGUUGUGCGAUAUAUUGUAUGAAUACAUUCUUACAAACAACAAAUUCACGAGAGCAGGAGUCGAUCAAUUGUUGGUAGAUUUUGGGGAUAUUAUAAGUUCGUUGCAAGUUUCACUUCAACUCAAUACAAAGAGAAAUAGUAUUGUUAGCAGUUCUUUAAAUACUGGAAGUACUGGAAGUUCUGGAAGUUCUGGAAGUUCUGGAAGUCGUGGGGGUCCUAAGGGUGUUUUGUCAGGUAAUCAAGUACUACUUUUGCAACAACUGCAAUUGCAGCUACUGCUGCUGCUGCUGCUGCUGCUGCUGCCUCCACUAUCAAGCGAUGGAAACAAGUCCUAUGUCAAAGUUGUUCAGGCAAUCGACCUUUUAGACUCAAUUGAUGUUGAAAGAGCCAAGCAGGUGAAGAAUUUGAAAAUUUACAAUCACUUGCGGGAUGAUUAUGCACACCACUUGGAGCAAUUAACUGACUCUGAGAUCAAGGAUUUGCUCAGUAGAUUAGUCUAA